CGCCCGCCGCGCUCCGGGGCUCCCGCCGCCCUCCCUGCGCCAGCCGCUGCCGGGCCGCGGCGUGGGCCGGCCCGAGGCGGUGUCUCCCCUUCCCCAGCCGCGCGGUUCCCACCGGCAAGAUGGUGCCCAGCUGUCCCCGCGCGCUCCUGCUGCCGCUGCUGCUGCUCCUCGCCUGCCCCGCGUCGCGGGCUUCCCAGAACUGUCUCAACAAACAGCAGCUCCUCACGGCCAUCCGCCAGCUGCAGCAGGUGCUGAAGGGGCAGGAGACCCGCUUUGCCGAGGGCUUCCGCAGCUUGAAGAGCCAGCUGGCGGCGCUGCACCACUCAGCGGCCAGAGCGGGCCCGGACUCCCCCCCAGUGUCCUGCCCUGCUCUGAAUGCCCCCCCAGAUGGCAGAAAGUUUGGAAGCAAGUACUUAGUGGAUCAUGAAGUUCAUUUUACCUGCAACCCUGGGUUCCGGCUGGUUGGGCCCAGCAGCGUGGUGUGUCUUCCCAACGGCACCUGGAGGGGGGAGCAGCCCCACUGUAGAGACAUCAGCGAAUGCUCCAGCCAGCCUUGUCAGAAUGGGGGGACCUGUGUAGAAGGAGUCAACCAGUACAAAUGCAUGUGUCCUCCGGGGAGGACUGGGAGCCGCUGUCAGCACCUGGCCCAGACAGCGGCCCCCGACGACACCGUAGCCGGCGACUCCGCCUUCAGCCGCGCGCCGCGCUGUGCGCAGGUGGAGCGGACGCAGCACUGCAGCUGCGAGGCCGGGUUCCACCUGAGCGGCGCCGCGGCCGGCGACAGCGUCUGCCAGGAUGUGAAUGAAUGCGAGCUCUACAGGCAGGAGGGACGCCCCCGGCUCUGCAUGCACACCUGCGUGAACACCCCGGGCUCCUACCGCUGUGCCUGCCCCAGCGGGUACCGGACACUGGCUGAUGGGAAGAGCUGUGAGGAUGUCGAUGAGUGUGUGAGCCCGCAGCUCGUGUGUCCCCGGGGGACCAUGUGCAUCAACACCGGUGGAGGCUUCCAGUGCGUCAGCCCGGAGUGCCCCGAAGGCAGUGGCAACGUGAGCUACGUGAAGACCUCUCCGUUCCAGUGUGAGCGAAACCCCUGCCCCAUGGACAGCCGACCCUGCCGCCACUUGCCCAAGACCAUCUCCUUCCAUUACCUCUCUCUGCCCUCCAACCUGAAGACGCCCAUCACGCUCUUCCGCAUGGCCACGGCCUCGGCCCCGGGCCGACCUGGACCCAACAGCCUGCGCUUUGGGAUCGUGGGCGGGAACAGCCGGGGCCACUUCGUGAUGCAGCGCUCAGACCGGCAGACGGGGGAGCUGAUCCUGGUCCAGACCCUGGAGGGGCCGCAGACACUAGAGGUGGAUGUUGACAUGUCGGAAUACCUGGACCGCUCCUUCCAAGCCAACCACGUGUCCAAGGUCACCAUCUUUGUGUCCCCUUAUGACUUCUAAGGCAG